AAACCAUGAAGUUUGUAGUGGCAUUUUCCCUAUUUUGGUUUUUAUCGUCGUUGGAUUUGUUCUCUCCACCUGUGGAAGGCUUACUGUGGUGGUGGGAAGGACACAAUAUUACAAAGAGGGAUAUUGGUGAAAGAUUAAGCGAAAGAAAAGCAGAUACGAUCACUGUUACAAUAGUAGUUUUUGAAGAUGGGUCAGUUCUAAUUAUCAUUUCACAGGACAGGAAGCGAUGCGUAUCUUGUAAGCGCGAUAGCUGCACGUUUACACAGUUGGAUAGAAAUGGCGAUGGUGUCAUCACUCUGAAGGAAAUUCACGAGAAACUGAAGCAAUUCCAUGUUGCACUGAAAAUAAACAAAGCAUUCCAAUUAGUUGAUACUAAUGGUGACGGAAAAUUGACGAAAGGGGAGUUUGCGAGAUCCAGAUUUAUUUUCCCCAAUUGUUAAAAUUACUUAUAUUGUUGGUUAAGGUCAAGCUGUAUUAAAUGACUUAAACCUUGCUACUUGGUACAUAAAA